GGGCGGGAAUUGAGGCAAGAUUCGUCGAGCUAUUUUUUUUUCAUCGCGGCAGCCAUGGCAGCCAUGGCGGCUGGGGAACUUCUUCGGGACAGGGAAGGUACCAACAAUCUGGCUGUUGUUGCUUCCGCCUCGGCUAUGGCGGACGACGAUGCUCCUUCGCCCGGCGGGGUGAGGACGACGGCCAAGAAGGACGCGGCUAUGGCGGGCGGCAAUGACGUUCUGCUCUCCGACGGGCACGAAGAAGACGGCGGCGAUGGCGAGUUCAGACGGAUGGAGAAGACGAAGAGGUACGUGGUCUACUCCUCCGCGGACUGCCAUUACCUAGCGGAGCGUGUGUGCAACGAGCUGGGCCUCCCGCUGGGCAAGGUAAUCAGGAAGACCUUCGUCGGAGGCGAGAGUUAUUACAGAAUCGACCUCAAGGAACGGUACGACCUCAUUGGCAAGGACGUCAUCCAUGUCUGCAGCACGUGCACGGACGCCGAUCUUCUUGAACUCAUCCGAUUAGGAUGUGCUUAUUCUGCUUAUGGCAGUCGACGUCGGAUUUUCGUCAUUCCUUUUUUGGGAUACAGCACGAUGGAGAGGCAGGUGCUACCAGGGGAGGUGGUCACUGCCAAGGUGAAUGCGCGUCUGCUGAGCAGCAUUCCCUGUAGCAAACUGGGCAACGUGUUCUUGUUCGUCGAUCUGCACGUGCAGACCUUGCUGCAGUACAUGGAGGGUCCCCACGUGCGCAUGGAGCUUUACGCUAUGGAGGUGCUGCUGAAGGGAGUGAGGGAUCAUCUGGACUUGACAUCGGAGCCCUUCAUGUUUGCUUCUGCAGAUCUCGGCCGUCCUCUUUGGGUCGAGAGCUUUGCCAAACGCUUUGGAGUGGAUGUGGCAUUUGUGCGCAAGGCGAGGGACUUCGACGUCACAAGGGUGCAGAGUGUGGUUGGGAGCGUUGCAGGGAAACAUGUGAUCAUAUAUGACGAUAUGACGAGGAGCGGAGGCACGCUAAUCAAAGCCGCGCAAGCGUAUAUUGAUGAGGGGGCGACACGUGUCUCCGCUGUACUUAGCCACCUGGCACUGGCCUCGGAUGAGGUCGUCAGACGGCUCAUCGAAUCGCCGGUUGCGACAAUUAUAGCCACAAAUACCCACCCAAUGAGCAGAGCCCAGUCGGUCUUAUCCGCUUCGGAUAAGUUCAAGAUUGUGGAUAUAACGCCGGUCCUGGUAGCUGCCUUAUCGAAGCUCAUGUUGGAAUAACCGCCGCCGAUGACGAGAGUGAGAAAAAAAAUGAUAUGCCUACGGUUUACCGGGCAGUUCUAUUUGACG